AUGGCAGCGGAAGCACCACCUCCUCUACUGUCUACUGUUCUCCGCUGUCCUCACAGUUUCCAUCUCGUGAGGAUAGACCGGUGCGGCUCAAGCGGAGGAGGUGUUGCCAUUGCCCUGCGGUCCAACAUCAACAGCCACCUGCUGCCGAGCUACCAACUCAAACUCCUCGAAGCCGUCGGUGUCGAGGUCAGCACCACCGUAGUCCCAAUCACCAUCAUCGGAGCCUACUGUCCCAAGCAAGAUCUGGAGGAAGGCGACUACACCAUCCUGUGCCUGGACGCUCCCACCCGGUUGAACCGAUCAGGGGUGCACUCCAUCCUCGACGUGUUCCUCACGAACAUGCCGAACAACAUCUCCAAGCCGGUCGUCCACCAGAAUCUAAGCUCGGACCACUUCCCGGUGGUGGCCGAAGUUGGGAACUACCAUCGAAUCGACUGGGGUCGGUUCCAACGGUGUGUCGAUGACAACGUCGACUACGAGGUACACCCACAAACGCCUGAAGACAUCGACCGGCAGCUCCACAACAUCAAGGCGGCCAUCUCCUUGGCCCGCGAGCAGCAUGUCCCGAAGUCCCGCCCGGCAGUACCAACGCACUGGUCUGCUUGCUUUGAAAAGCGAUAUAAAUCACUGUGCUGGAAGCCGUUAUGGAAGUUUACGAAAAUUUUAAAAACUAAAUCUCGAUCCAUUCCACCGUUGCGUCCACUGGACAUCACCAGCUCUGUGGAUCGUUUGAUACCCCCUGCUGAAAAGGCUGCGGAGCAAGGCCAGCACUUCAUCAGCUCCCACAAUAUCGGGCAAGACAUUGUCAGUCCGCAUGAAGCUGUUAUCAAUGAACAUGCUUCAAAUCUUCAUCUGAUCCCCAACAACUUCUCGGAGGAGUUGGAGAUCACAGCUGAUGAACUGACGGCCUACAUUAAAACAUCGAAAACUAUGAAGGCCCCAGGCUUCGACAACAUCCUGAACUUGGAGCUCAAGAACUUCUGGCACUGA